AUGUCUGAACCCUCUUCGCAAUCACCACAGGUGGAACCUGUGGAACCUAGUCAACACAUCGAUGAGAAUAAGCUCCCCAGCGGACAGUGCCGGUACAUUUUGCUGAACCCGGAAAUCAAGGGGCAGCGCUGUGCCUGUGUCGGCUUUACUAUCAAUCGGGCUCUCCCAGGUGUCACCUGCGACUGUGGGCAUCUCUCAUGCUACCACAUCCAGUCUGCUGAACCACCACCAAAUAAGAAUGAAGUUGACAUCCUUCGCCGGCGCAUCAAGCUACUUGAGGAUCAGCUUGACCGAGAGAAUGAUGGGGGGCUUGGCGGCGCGUUGGGCAGCGUGGUUCGGCGGCUAGGGGACCUGGAGGAACAGGUCGAAAAAAAUAAAGACGAGACCAGCCAGGAAAUGAAAAGCUGUUACAAAAACGUUGACCGUAUGUGGCAGUCAGUCACCCAGCUUGAAAAGCAGCAAACCGGAUACGAAGAUCGUCUUCUUAUGUUUGACGAACGGCUAGAUGGCCAUGUCGACACUCUACAGGGAUUAAGCGAUAGGUUGAUGGAGUUUGAUGAAGCAUCCAUGGUUCUUGAAGAGCGCGUAGAUGCUUUGGAGGAACAGGACUGCCAAUGUAUUCCAUUCCGUAGGCGCAGACGACGAUCCACGUCAGGUUCAGAAGACUCAAAAAACUUCAAGGUAGCACGCCGCUCCCGUCUGUUAGAUAAUCGUGAUACAGCGCGAUCCACACCGACUUCAGUCUCGGGUUCUCGCCGCGGGUCUACCGAAAGUGGUCCAGUAGAGGUGACAGGAUCUUGGACUGUGCAUAUCUCGCUUCUUCCGACAGCCUCGCAGCCAUUCCCUUUCGAGAAGGACACAAAUGCGUACAAGCGGUGUCUAUCCCGUGGACUCCACCAAAUGAUCGCAGUUGGAGGAACAGACGGCGAGUCCUUCGCUAGAGCCGUGUCGAAAGCUUUCGGAAGACUCCUCCGAGGUAGGGAGUGGGUCCCGCUGCAGGCCCGGCUCUGUGACGCCGCAACGUUGCAGGGCCUUCCGAUGCUGAAACCCCUAGACCCAACUUUAGUCAGUGGAAAUUACGAUCUUGAUUUUCUACGCAAGUAUUGCGCUGUUUGCUUGCCAAAUGGCAAGGUAGAGUCCAUGUACAUUGCAAUGCUUACGGAUACCUUCUCAUGGCAAUUCCUGAGGCGGUCGCCGUGCUAUCUAGAAGGUCUUGAGGAAUGUUGGGCCUACGAUCCGCUACUUGACCCGAACGAUAAUUUUGAGGAUUUUAAUAGCGAGAUGGAAGAUGGAAGGUCGGCGGGGGAGAUCGUACCGCCUUUACCCUCCUUAAAAAGGACAGCAUCAGAGAUGUCGCGGACGCCAAGUAUGAGUUCAAUGUCGCCGAAUGAAGUAAAUGACAGUUCGCGACAAAAACUACCACGAACAUGUAUGCAAGCACCCAUGGAAGUUCGUAGACAGGGAGUGGAGACGGUUUAG